UCAGUGUCAAGCUGUUCGUCUGGGACCGGACGUCCUCUCUAAUAACAUCCGCGAAAAGCCCGUAGCCGUCCAAAUUACAUUCUUUUAAACUUACUCUACCUCUCGAUUUUAUCUGUACUACCACUAAGCUAUUUGCCUGAACCCGUCGAAAUGAUCAAAAACGGCCACCACGCUGCCGACAACCAGGAGGAUGAAGCCGGUUGCUGUAAGCCGGGCGGCUCAGUAUGCAGCCCCGAGAAAAGGAAACGCGUCGUUCGGUUGUGGUGUGACGGCUGUUAUGACAUGGUGCACUAUGGUCACUCCAACCAGCUACGGCAGGCCAAAGCCAUGGGAGAUUACCUCAUAGCUGGAGUGCAUACAGAUGCUGAAAUUGCCAAGCACAAGGGUCCUCCAGUCUUCACUCAGGAAGAACGCUACAAGAUGGUGCGGGCGAUCAAAUGGGUGGAUGAGAUAGUAGAAGGGGCACCUUACGUCACCACCCUGGAGACUCUGGACAAGUACAACUGUGACUUCUGUGUGCAUGGAGAUGACAUCACGCUGACUGUCGAUGGCAAGGACACAUAUGCAGAGGUGAAGCGUGCAGGUCGUUACCGGGAAUGUAAACGCACACAGGGUGUCUCCACCACUGACCUGGUGGGACGUAUGCUUCUCAUGACCAAAGCCCAUCACAGCAACAUGGAUAACCCAGAUUACCAGCAGCAUACAGACAACUUUGGAAAGGGUCCCAAAGGCCACAGUCCAUGGACAGGAGUGUCUCAGUUCCUCCAGACAUCCCAGAAGAUCAUCCAGUUCGCCUCAGGAAAGGAGCCGCAGCCCGGAGACACCAUCAUCUAUGUGGCUGGAGCAUUCGACCUCUUCCACAUUGGCCAUGUUGACUUCCUAGAGAUGGUCUACAAGCAGGCAGAGAGGCCCUAUGUCAUCGUAGGUCUGCACUUUGACCAGGAAGUGAAUCGGUACAAGGGCAAGAACUAUCCAAUCAUGAACAUCCACGAGAGAACACUGAGUGUCUUGGCCUGUCGGUAUGUGUCAGAGGUGGUGAUUGGUGCACCCUACGCAGUGGGCAAAGACCUGCUGGAUCACUUUAAGGUGGAUCUGGUGUGUCAUGGCAAGACGGAGGUGUUCCCAGACAAGGAUGGGUCAGACCCCUACGCUGAACCAAAGAAGAGGGGCAUAUUCAGGACCAUCGAUAGUGGGAACAAUCUCACCACUGAUGACAUCGUCCAGAGGAUCAUUGAAAACAGGCUGCAGUUUGAAGCCAGGAACCAGAAGAAGGAGGCCAAGGAGAUGGCGGUGAUUGAGGCGAUGAAGAAGAGAGAGCAGCAGGAGCAGAGUGAACCUGCAGCCCAGACUGCUCACUAGUGAAACCUCAGAUUUACUCCUGGUACGCUCAGCUUUAAGAUUGUGGACUCAGCUGACCCUGACAGAUGGUCCAUGUUGUCCUAAACUAGGCCUGCUAUGGGUGAAAAGACCCCCAGGGGGGGCAGUCGGUCUCUAGUGGUCCGCUGGGUGCAAAAUCCUGCUUUUAACAUUUGGCAGUAUGUCCUUCAUGCUGCUGGGCUAGCUUCUCUCAGUUCUCUUCUGUACGGACUCUACUCUAGCCUAAAUGGGAUUAGAUUAGACCUGCCUUGACAAGAACACAAACAAUCCAAACACCUAAUCCAUGCUAUGAUUUUUAACCUGCAAUAUCCCUUUACACUUCUCAUCCUCCACAGAGAACUUUUUAUGUUUUUCUUCUGUCAUAUUGUAUGUUUGUAUCCAUGAGUUCACACACUACGUGACCCUGUAUAGGUGUUAAAAUGGUAUGUUAAGCUUGUAAUUAUCCAUAACUUAUUGACAAGAUCUUAACAGCAUCGUCAGUUAAGAUUUCAAACCAAAUUAGUCUUUAAUGAUCAGUCAUACAAGUGUCAUCAGUGAGGUUGAAUGUUUUUAAUACACUUAGAAAUGUAGAUUUAUUUAAUUUUUAUGUUUUUGUCCAUCCUAAAAAAAAACCCUAAUUUUUACCUUAAAUAAUCUGUAAGUAGUCUUCUAAUUCUAACUGUGGAUUUUAACUACCUGAAUUUGCACCGAGCAUGUGUGUGUGUGUGAGAGAGAGAGCUGAGUGAGUGUUUAUGCUGUAAAUGACAGUAGUGCCUCAUUCCUAAAGCUAUAACUAAUGUUAGGGCUGUGAAUUGUAUCAGAAAGUCUGAACCACUGCGGUGUCUCCACAACUUUGUGCAGAGUUGUUGGGUCCCACUUUCUUCAGUCUUUGUUCAAGAAAUGUGUUUGUGAAAACCAGAAUGUCCUCCUCUCCUUUUUCACGAGACAAUCCAAGAUUUGGGACCCGGUCACUGUUAGUCUGUUGCAGUUUACUGUUGCUUCUUCUGUGACUGUAUGAGGUGCAUUACUUUGACGUGAGUUGCUGAUGGUGCAAGACUGUGUUUUUAAAGUGUGUCUGUGAGUUGGAAGGUGGGAUGGUAGCAGCCUGAGAGAUAAAUAUGUUUCUAAGUAUCAGAGUGGAAAUUUUCACAACCUUUCAGUCAGUAUAUUGCAAAUGUAAAUUUCCCUUUAUUAAAUAAAUCAGUAAUACUGCAAA